AUGAGGUGCGCCAACGAUUAUGGCUCGCCUUUAAAACCGACACUCCCCCAUCAUCAACUUCAAUACGCGAGCGAACCGUCCUCGCAGUCUACCUCGUCCACCUCGGACUGGUCCGACGCCUCGUCCCAGACCUCGCUCGACUCCGUCGCUUCCUCCUGGAGCCUGCGAUCCUCCACCUCUCUUGAUUCGAUUUGCGCGGUAGCUAGGACCGAUUCGGUUUGUGAUAGCGUCGCUCGCCAGCCUCAGGUUUCUGUGCGCGAUGCCGUCCCUACUGAGCUGCGGCAGAAUCCCCGCCGCAGUGGCGUCAACUUUGUGGACAAUCUUGUCGACUCGGCGGCUCUUUUGGUGGAGGCUAUCUGGCCUCUAUCCUCGGUUGUGUGCCGAAAUGAGCUCAGCAACAAGUCGGUACUUCCCUUGAGGACUUUUAUCCAAGAGACCCUUAAGCGGUCGCGCACCAGUUACUCAACCCUACAGGUAACCAUGUAUUACUUAAUCCUGAUCAAAGAACACGUUCCGCGACAGGAUUUCACCAUGGAACAGCCCAAGGACAAUCAAGCGACGCGAUCCCUGCAGUGUGGUCGUCGCGUGUUCCUCGCUGCCCUGAUCCUGGCCUCCAAAUAUCUCCAGGACCGAAACUACUCGGCUCGUGCUUGGAGUAAGAUUUCGGGCCUUCACACCCAGGAGAUCAACCAGAACGAAACGGCUUUCCUCCAUGCCGCCUCCUUCGACUCCCCGUCGCCUGGUGGUGUUGGCAUGAUGCCAUGCAGCCCGCAGAUCUCGGCUUGGAAAACGGCCAUGCUUCGGCUCGAUCCCGAUCUGUUGAACGUGGAGCCUCUGCGUAACUUUGCCCUCGCCUCGUCCAUGACUAGCGAGACGAGCCCCAUGUUCUCCUUUGAUGCGCAGGAGCUCCCCUUGACACCCAUUGUCAUGGAGCCUUCGCCUGUCACGGUUCACACGCCCGGCCGCCUUGUCCCUGCUCUCGGUCUUCUCCCAACCCCCAAGUUGACACCGCAACCCAGCGGUCUCAGUACUCCUGCAGCGAGCACUGUCCCCCAACUUGUCAGGGGUUCGUACAUGGGUCUCGCCAUGAACCACGCCAACACCGUGUCCGCCACCCAGUUUAUGGAUUGUUGGGCGGGUCAGAGCACCCCUUCUCCUCAGAACCAACUCUCCUCGCGCCGCCCAUCUCUGUCUACGUUCUCGACGGCAUCUUCGCCCGAAUCCAUGAUUUCGGAUGUUUCGCGCGCUUCUCGCUCGUCCUCAAUUUCGUCCUCAGUGUCGCUGGGAAGCGCGACAUCGAACGGCCGCUUGGCCGUUCCGUCGCGAUUCCGUUCUGCGAAGCUUGGCGUUGAGAGGUCCGGGUUGAAGCCGCUCAUCAUCUCGUCGGUUCCCGAAGAUUACGAGCACUGCUUGACGUCCUCCCCGAGCCGUAUUCCGCCACGGUCGGAAAGCUUGGCGACGUCUACCUUGAGACCCCCUGGGCCGACGCGAGAAUGUGCUUGA